AUGACGGCCUCCAAGAUCGAUGGCAAUGCCAUUGCGCGCAGCAUCCGCGAACGCCUUGGCGCAGAGGUCAAGCAGAAGCAGGAGACCAACCCACGGUACCGCCCGUCGCUGAAGAUCGUCCAGGUCGGAGACAGAUCGGACUCGAGUACCUAUGUGCGCAUGAAGCUCAAGGCCGCCGAAGAGGCCAACAUCGACGCCGAGCUUGUCAAAUUCGACGAGGACAUCUCCGAGGCCGAGCUUCUGUACACGCUCAAUACCUACAACAACGACCCCAGCAUCCACGGUAUCCUCGUCCAGCUACCCCUCCCCAAGCACAUCUCCGAGCACACGAUUACGUCGGCCGUUGCCGACGAGAAGGAUGUCGACGGCUUCGGCGUUGCGAGCAUCGGCGAGCUGGCCAAGCGCGGCGGCAAGCCCCUGUUCACGCCAUGCACGCCCAAGGGUGUCAUGGUGCUGCUGAAGGAGGCGGGCGUUGACCCAAAGGGCAAGAACGCCGUCGUCUUGGGCAGGAGCGACAUUAACGCUGACGCGACCGUCACCGUUUGCCACUCCAAGACGGCCAAUCUGCCUGAAAUUGUCAAGCAGGCGGACAUCGUCGUGGCCGCCAUUGGUGUCGCACACUUCGUCAAGGGCGAUUGGCUGAAACCAGGAGCCGUCGUCGUUGACGUGGGCACCAAUUUCAUCCCAGAUGACUCGAAGAAGUCCGGCCAGAGGCUCGUUGGUGAUGUCGACUACGACUCUGCCGUAGACGUCGCCUCUCACAUCACACCUGUGCCUGGAGGCGUCGGACCCAUGACCGUGGCUAUGCUUCUUCAGAACGUGGUAGACUCCGCAGACGCUACGUUCGAUAGGCAGAAGAAGCGAAAGAUCAACCCGCUCCCCUUGAAGCUCCAGGACCCAGUACCCUCAGACAUCGAGGUGUCAAGGAAACAACACCCGAAGCCGAUCACGUCCGUUGCAGCAGAAGUUGGUAUCUUGCCGAACGAGCUGGAGCCGUACGGCUCUACCAAGGCCAAGGUGGACCUUUCUCUGUUGAAACGCCUCGAGCACCGCAAGAACGGCAAGUACAUCUUGGUCGCCGGUAUUACGCCCACACCUUUGGGCGAGGGCAAGUCGACCACUACUGUUGGUCUCGCACAGGCACUUGGAGCACACCUCGGCAAAAUAUGCUUUGCCAACGUACGACAACCCUCUAUGGGACCUACCUUUGGUAUCAAGGGUGGAGCUGCAGGAGGUGGCUACAGCCAGGUUAUUCCUAUGGAUGAGUUCAAUCUUCAUCUUACUGGAGAUAUCCACGCCAUCACUGCCGCAAACAACCUGCUCGCUGCGGCCAUUGAGACGCGCAUCUUCCAUGAGAAUACACAAAAGGAUGGACCUCUCUACAAGCGGCUUGUACCGACCAAGAAGGGCAAGCGCGAGUUCUUACCCAUCAUGUACCGCCGUCUCAAGAAGCUCGGAAUCACCAAGACCAAUCCUGAUGAACUGACGGAGGAAGAGAUCCGUCGUUUCGCACGACUUGACAUUGACCCUGAGACCAUCACCUGGCGCCGCGUCUUGGAUGUCAAUGACAGGCAUCUGCGAGGCAUCACCGUUGGCCAGGCGCCAACCGAGAAGGGCCAGACUCGUGAGACUGGCUUCGACAUCACCGUUGCUAGCGAGUGUAUGGCCAUUCUCGCGCUCAGCAACGACCUUGCCGACCUGAGGGAGCGCCUUGGUCGUAUGGUCGUUGCCACCUCCCGCCAAGGAGACCCUGUCACGUGCGACGAUAUUGGUGCUGGCGGUGCUCUGGCUGCCCUGCUCAAGGAUGCUAUCAAACCCAACAUGAUGCAGACACUCGAGGGCACACCCGUCUUCGUUCAUGCUGGACCUUUCGCCAACAUCAGUAUCGGAGCCUCCUCAGUGCUCGCUGACAAGCUUGCUCUCAAGCUCGCGGGUACGGAGCCGGAUGAGGACCCGGCCGAAAAGGCUGGCUUCGUCGUUACCGAGUCUGGUUUCGACUUCACCAUGGGCGGUGAGCGUUUCUUCAACAUCAAGUGCCGUUCGUCAGGUCUUCAACCUGACACCGUCGUCAUCGUUGCUACCGUCCGUGCUCUGAAGGUCCACGGUGGUGGUCCCCCAGUCACCGCAGGCGCUCAGCUCCCAGAAGUCUACCGUACUGAGAACGUCGAGAUCCUUCGCAAAGGAUGUGUCAACCUGAAGAAGCACAUCGAGAAUGCCAAGGAGUACGGCGUUCCGGUCGUAGUCUGCAUCAACAAGUUCUCGACCGACACCCAAGCUGAAAUUGACGUCAUCAAGGAGGAGGCCCUUGCCGCUGGCGCAGAAGAUGCCAUCGCGGCCAACCACUGGGCUGAGGGUGGAAAGGGCGCGGUCGACCUUGCCAAAGGCAUCAUUGCGGCGAGCAACGCCAAGUCAGACUUCAAGCUUUUGUACGACCUAGAAGGAUCAGUGCAGGAGCGCAUGGACAUGAUUGCCCAGAAGAUGUACGGCGCAGACAAAGUUGAGUUCUCAGAACUUGCUCAGAAGAAGGUGGACACCUAUGUCAAGCAAGGCCUUGGCAACCUCCCCAUCUGCGUGGCAAAGACACAGUACUCGCUCAGUCACGACCCUGAGCUCAAGGGCGCACCGACUGGCUUCACGGUUCCUAUCCGCGACGUCAGAAUGGCGGCUGGUGCGGGCUACCUGUACGCGCUGGCUGCAGAUAUUCAGACAAUCCCUGGACUGCCGACUGCGCCUGGAUAUCUGAAUGUUGAUGUUGAUGUCGAGACGGGCGAGAUCGACGGCCUCUUCUAG